AUGUUUCGCUCUGCUGCUCGUUUUGCCGGCAAGGAAAUCCGGUUUGGCACGGAGGCUCGCCAGUCCAUGCAGAAGGGUGUGCAGCGUGCCGUGAGCGCCGUUGCAACGACCCUUGGGCCAAAGGGGCGCAAUGUGAUCAUUGAGCAGUCGUACGGCGCGCCAAAGAUCACGAAGGACGGCGUGACCGUUGCCAAGGCGAUUGAGUUCAAGGACCCGUUCGAGAACAUGGGAGCACAGCUUGUGCGCCAGGUGUGCAACAAGACCAACGACCUUGCUGGCGACGGCACGACGACCUCGGCGGUGCUGGUGGCAAGCGUGUUCAGUGAAAGCCUCAGGUGCAUUGCCACCGGGACGAACCCAAUUGACAUGAAGCGUGGCAUGGACCGUGCGGUGGGCGUCAUCCUGCAGAGCGUGGCGGAGCAGAGCCGCAAGGUGACGAGCACCGAGAACAUUGUGCAGGUGGCCACGAUCUCCGCCAACGGGGACGAGGAGCUGGGCAGGCUGAUUGGUCAGGCGAUGGAGAAGGUGGGCAAGGACGGAGUGAUCACCACGCAGGACGGCAAGACGAUGACGACGGAGCUGGAGGUGGUGGAGGGCAUGAGCAUUGACCGCGGCUACAUCAGCCCAUACUUUGUGACCGACGCGAAGGCACAGAAGGCCGAGCUGGAGGAUGCGUUUGUGCUGGUGUCGGCGAAGAAGGUGAGCAGCAUCCACACGAUCCUGCCGGCGCUGAAUCACGUGGUGCGCACCGGCCGCCCGCUUCUGAUCAUUGCCGACGACGUGGAGAGCGAGGCGCUGACGACGAUGAUCUUCAACAAGCUUCAGGGCAAGCUGAAGAUUGCGUGCGUGAAGGCACC